ACCGGGUCCCAGCCAGAGAUUCCCCGCCGUCACCCGGCGAUUGCCAAAGAACAGGGACAGGGGAGAGCACCAACAUGCUGCUUUGUAUUGCCCUGCAUAGCAGAGCAAUACAAAGCAGCAUAUUUCCUUAAUAAAAUAGACACAGCACACACAGUAAAACAGCACACAAUUAACUCUUUGAUCACCCCAGAUGUUAACCCCUUCCUGCCCAAUGUCAUUAGUACAGUGUCAGUGCUUUUUAUUAGCACUGAUUAGUGUAUUAGUGUUAUUGGGAUGUCAGUGGCAGUUAGUCAGUUCCCCCCCAGUGUCAGAAUGCCCUCCGCAGUCCCGCUAUAA